AUUUGGGUUUUCUUAGCACAUUACAAUUUUGCCUCUUCAAAACCUCAUAUCGCCUCCAUAGAAAAGCUUCCGUUAAACCCAGACAGCAACACGAAAAAGAAGAAGAAAGAAGGAGACACAUAAAGAGGAAGAAAUUAUGAAGAUAGAAGAGGUACAAUCAACAAUAAAGAAUCAGAGAAUUGCUACUCAUACUCACAUUAAAGGCCUUGGUCUUGAGCCAAAUGGGAGACCACUACCAUUGGCAGCUGGGUUUGUAGGUCAGGCAGCAGCCAGAGAAGCUGCGGGGCUUGUGGUGGAUAUGAUACGCGAAAAGAAAAUGGCUGGGCGGGCUUUACUGCUAGCUGGUCCGCCUGGUACGGGGAAGACAGCUCUUGCUCUUGGUAUAUCACAAGACCUUGGAAGCAAGGUUCCAUUUUGUCCAAUGGUUGGAUCCGAAGUGUAUUCAUCAGAAGUGAAGAAAACUGAGGUCUUAAUGGAAAACUUCCGGCGAGCUAUUGGUCUCCGUAUGAAGGAAAAUAAGGAAGUUUAUGAAGGAGAGGUGACUGAACUAUCUCCAGAAGAGGGUGAGAGUGUGACAGGUGGAUAUGGUAAAAGCAUUAGCCAUGUUAUAAUUGGGUUAAAAACUGUCAAAGGUACCAAACAGUUGAAGCUUGACCCCACGAUAUAUGAUGCCAUAAUUAAAGAGAAGGUAGCUGUUGGUGAUGUCAUUUACAUUGAAUCAAACAGUGGAGCAGUUAAAAGAGUGGGCAGGAGUGAUGCUUUUGCCACAGAAUUUGAUCUUGAGGCAGAAGAGUAUGUUCCACUUCCUAAAGGAGAGGUUCACAAGAAGAAGGAAAUAGUCCAGGAUGUUACAUUGCAUGAUCUUGAUGCUGCAAAUGCACGGCCACAAGGAGGACAAGAUAUAUUGUCCCUUAUGGGUCAAAUGAUGAAACCUAGGAAAACCGAGAUCACUGACAAGUUGCGGCAAGAGAUAAACAAGGUUGUCAACCGUUAUGUUGACGAAGGUGUUGCAGAGCUUGUUCCUGGUGUCUUAUUUAUCGAUGAGGUUCAUAUGCUUGAUAUGGAAUGCUUUUCAUACUUGAAUCGUGCCUUGGAGAGUUCACUGUCUCCAAUCGUGAUUUUUGCAACUAACAGAGGCAUUUGUACUGUCAGAGGAACAGAUAUGGUUAGUCCACAUGGCAUUCCAGUUGACUUGUUAGAUCGGUUGGUGAUUGUCAGAACUGAAACUUAUGGUCCAGCUGAAAUGAUACAGAUAUUAGCUAUACGUGCUCAGGUGGAGGGAUUAGAAAUAGACGAAGAGAGCCUUGCGUUUCUGGGAGAGAUUGGACAACAAGCUUCCUUGAGGCAUGCUGUUCAGCUGCUAUCGCCAGCUAGUGUAGUCGCAAAAAUGAAUGGCCGUGACAAAAUCUGCAAGGCGGAUCUAGACGAAGUGAGUUCAUUGUACCUGGAUGCAAAGUCUUCUGCAAGACUUCUUCAAGAGCAGCAAGAUAGAUACAUCUCAUGAUAAAUUGUACCUAUAACAUCAAUUCUCUAGCUUUAUUUUCUACGCUGCUCAUAUCCAAUAUGCAUUUUGCAAGUCAAUUUGUUUCAUUCUAAGGUUUUCGUGUCUUCUGCAACUGAUGCACUGUAGUUCUCUCAUGAGAUUGCAAUAUAACAAGGCUUCUGGAAUAGGAGACUCUCCCUUCUA